CCGACACCAGCCUGCGCACAACAUGCACCACAACGGGAGAGACUACAAUGGCUUCUCAUGAUCAUCUCCGAUCUUCGUGCAGGUAGCAGCAAUGGCGCUUUCGAGCUGGAAGCAAUUCCCCUUCUUCAACGUAUCUCAGGUUCCUGUGCCUGCAGAUGAAGAGGGAUCGUAUAUCUUCGAGGUGUGUCUUACCGGUCAGCCUCGAGACGUGCCCUAACUCCCGAUGUCAGAAUGAUAUUGUAUCUAUAGCUACUGGCUCCGAUUCUCUGUUCCUCGGCUCCUCGAACGGCUCGGUGCGCGUCCUUUCUCGAGCGCUGAAAGUCGUCCGAACAUUCCAGGCAUCCGACACGUCAGAUGCUUCUAUCACGCACAUUAAACAGAUACCUGAGACACCUUUUCUGGUUACAAUCUCUGAGAAUCUAUCAUCGGAACCCUUCCUGAAGGUAUGGGCGCUGGACAAGACCGAGAAGAAGACGGGAGGACCUCGGUGUCUGUGUACAAUUGCGGUUCAGAAUGGCAGAAGACAGUUCCCUGUCUCGGCACUUGUCGUUCUAGAUGAUAUGAGUCAAGUGGCUGUCGGCUUUGCAAAUGGCUCUGUGACUGUCAUACGGGGAGACUUCGUUCAUGACAGAGGAACCAAGCAGCGGACUGUGUUCGAAUCGGAGGAUCCCAUAACUGGUCUCGAGAUCCGACAGAACGCCACAAAGGUCCUAUACAUCGCAAACACGGCGAAAAUAUGCAGUCUCAUUAUUUCUGGCAAAGGUCAGGGCCAGACUGCACGUACGGUAGACAAUCGAGGGUGCAAUGUCGGCUGUAUGACACAAGAUCGCGAAACUGGCGACAUCGUGAUUGCUCGGGAAGACGCCAUUCAUUACUAUGGCCCAGGAGGGCGCGGGCCCAGCUAUGCCUUCGAAGGACCGAAAAAGAUAGUCAAGAUGUACAAGGAAUACGUUGGUUUAGUCUGUCCACCUCGAGUGGCACAAGUCUCCAAAUCCAAGACCUUCAGACGAUUGGCAGGCGACGAGAUUCACGAGCUAUUCAGUAGUUCGUCGUUCACCUUGCUUGAUACCGACCUCAAAUUCAUCGCUCAUACCGAGUCAUUACCGGCGCAGGUCAAGGAUGUCUUUGUCGAAUGGGAUGAGCUGUUCCUUUUGACUUCUGAGGGCAAGCUGUUCAGGUACCAGGAAAAAACACUUCAGCAGAAGCUUGAGAUCCUCUAUCAGCGCAACUUGUAUAUUUACGCCAUAAACCUUGCCCAGAAGGCCGGGGCCGACAAAGUCCAGCAGAACAUCAUUUUCCGGAAGUACGGUGAUUAUUUAUAUCAGAAAGGUGACUAUGACACAGCAAUGCAGCAAUAUUUGAGGGCGAUAGACAAUACAGAACCAUCACAGGUCAUACGGCGGUUCCUAGACACACAGAGAAUCCACAACCUCAUUGAUUACCUUGAAGAGUUACACGAACAUGAUAAAGCAUCUCCUGACCAUACAACAUUGCUCCUGAACUGUUACGCGAAACUGAAGGACACCGAGAAGCUCGACGCCUUCAUCCGGGCAUCUGGCACAGCAAGAUUCGACAUCGAGACAGCCAUUGCAAUGUGCCGUCAGGGUGGAUAUUAUGAUCAAGCAGCAUACCUCGCCACGAAACAUGGUGAGAACGAGUUGGUGAUUGACAUUUUGAUUGAGGACUCGAAAAAAUAUGCCGAAGCCUUGCAGUAUAUCUGGCGACUCAACCCAGAUACAGCGUACCCAGUAUUGAUGAAGUACGCCCGAAGCCUCAUUGAACAUUGUCCAGAAGAGACAACAAAGUUGUUCAUCGAGUACUACACUGGCCGAUAUGCUCCGAAGCAAGACAUACCAGCUGUAUCGGAGGUCCAGGCGCAGAGUGGCGGAGGCGCAUUUCAGACUUUGUCAGCACUCUGGACGCUGCCAUUCAUGAGUAGAGCAUCCAACGUCAAUGGGAUACCAACAGGCGAUGAACAGAAACCCCUCGGGGAGGAGACACAGCCAACGUCAGUCGUUGUAACUCCGUCAUAUCUUGUUCCUCGACCCCGAAGUGCAUUCUCUGCCUUCAUUGCACGUCCCGUUGAAUUUAUCCAAUUCCUCGAAGCGCUCGUCCGUCAGGAAAGUCUAGCGAAAGAAGACAGGUCGGAUUUGUCGACUACCCUCUUCGAAAUGUACCUCGAGGCAGCAAACAGUUCUCGAGAUCCUGGUGAAAGGGACAACUGGCAGGUCAAGGCAACCAGCUUGAUUGCGGACAAUAAGACAGAGUCACUAGAUGAGUCCACAAUCGACACCUCCAAUGUCCUCUUGUUGUCGUCAUUGUCGAAAUUCCCAACCGGCACGACAUUAGUACGAGAACGAGAAAACCUCUAUGCAGAUAUUUUCCGAUCCUUCACUUCAGCAAAAGACACCUCUGGCGCCAUUUCAGCGUUGAGAAAGUACGGUGAAAAGGAUCCUUCACUAUAUCCACUCGCAUUAGGGUAUUUUUCUUCCUCGGAAGGGAUCCUCAAGGAGCCAGGAGUCAAGGAUGAGCUUCAGAAUGUUCUCAAGAAAAUUGACCAGGAGAAACUAAUGGCGCCGCUCCAAGUGGUCAAGGUUCUCUCCCAAGGAGGGGCGGUGAGUAUGGGCAUGGUCAAGGCGUAUCUAUCUGACAACAUUCAACGAGAAAGAAAGGAAAUCCAAACUAAUCGUCGUUUGAUCGACUCCUACCGAACAGAAACCGCGUCGAAAAGGUCUGAAUUGACGGAUCUUGAGACGAAGCCUGUUGUGUUUCAGGCACGACGCUGCUCCUCUUGUGCCCGAAAUCUGACAUUACCUACGGUUCACUUCAUGUGCAAACACUCGUUUCAUCAAGAAUGUUUAAACAAGCCAGGUCUUGGUUUGGACGAGGACGAGGACGACCAGAUCGAGUGCCCUAUAUGCAAACCGGGCAACGACACUAUUCGAGCAAUUCGCCGACAGCAAGUGGAGAGUACCGAGCAACACGAUCUCUUCAAGGCAGCCUUGGCCCGAAGCAACAGCCGAUUUGAGACCGUGAGCGAAUUCUUCGGACGUGGUGUGAUGGGCACAAUACCUGCAGCAGAAUGAUUAGGUCAUCGGGCAGAAGAAAGACGAAUUUCAAAUAUCGCAAUUGAUCCUGGGGGCAGCGCUGGACAUACAAGUAACUUGGUGCGAUUGAAUAGCCCAGAGCCUAUCCCGAGAACAGACGCAAAGCCUAGCGACGAUCGGGCCAGAUGACGAUGGUGGGGGUGAACGGCAUGCGUCCCUCAAGGGUUGCACCUCUGUGCAAUGAGAGCCAAGUCCUGUACGAGUACGAGUUCGUGGUACAACCCGGAUCCCAACAGAAAUCGAAACUCAGCCUCCAUAGCCUCAGCGGAAUGUAGCGAUAAGCACAUUGCAGGAACGGCGUGAGACUCGCCUGAGUCAUUCGUGGGUCACCUUCAGAGUAUCUACUGAGGUAUCGCUGCAGGUGGGACAUACAGAUUUUGUCGACUCGUAGUGAGACGUUUUUCUAUUUGUAGGGCUGCGCCUCGACCGGGGUUCGCGAGCCUAAGUUCUGGCUGGUAUAGCGGUGGAGUCUGGUGGCGUGGCGGGGAGCAGUAGAGGAUCGAGGAAAUGGGUUCCUUGCUGAAAGCCAGACCAUGAACACAACAUGAUGGGAUGAUAAGCACAUGGUCUGUUAUUGAACUUGAUUGUCGUGUGGUUGUCUUGUGUGAAGGAUCGACGACCAGGCGUACCAUUAUGUUGGAACAUUAGCCAGGAUAUCGUCGCGGGGACUGAUCUGUGAAUGCUUCUAUACAGAAUAACGGGACGGGGACUCGCUAGAGCAAAAGCUUCGGGUCAGACUAGUCGGAAGGGCUAUGUUUCCUUUGAUAUUCUUGGUGCGUGUUCGAAGUGGACGAGUACUCCUACUCAUCCGGGGGAUAUGCAGCCCUCGCCUUCUUCUGAAGGACCCCAGUGGCCGAAAGUGAGGGCGAGGUUCGUGUACCUGUCAGUCGAGGACAGAGCCGUAUGCCGCACAUGCCUGUACCUGGAAGUGCCCAGCGUGGUGUACCCCAUAUUGACUGGCUAGUUGGUUGGG